AUAGAAUGAUCAUUUAUUUGUCAGUAUGCAAACGUACAAAAUCAGCAGGGGAUGAAAUACUUUUUUCCCUCACUGUAAGAGACUUUUUGAACGCCAUGACUUUACCUAGUAUUGAAUGUUCUCACCUUACCAAGGGUUUGUACCCGUUUCCUUGUUUUGUUUUAUGUUUAUUGAUCUUGCUUCUUGUUCCUCAUUGAUGAUUCUUGCUUUGCCUAGUUUAUGCCUGUUUGCCAAUCGCCUGACCCUUUGCCUGUUAUUUUGACCACGCUAUUGUCUCGUGAUUUGUCUGCCUGUCUCUCUAUAAAUAAACUAUAAUUUGCAUUUGCAUCUGUCCUAACAUUCUUUACGUGGAUUAUGUGACAAUUAUGCAAUCUGCAUGUUUAUAUCGUGACACAUUCAGCUCAAAAACAUUGUGUCAGUAAUACAGUUUCACAAAAUGCAUUAAAUACCUAAACCAAGACAUUAAAGACAUUAAAUACCCCAACCAAAUCUCUCUCUGUCUGUCUUUACUGUCAUUACUGAUAAAAUAAAGUAUGUUGGGUAGAGUAGGAGUUCUGUAACACGCAGAAAUCAGUCUGAGAGUGUUUAGUUUUAAUUUAAUGAUGGUCUGAAUCUGAAGGAAGAAAUGGUUAACAGAGGAGUGUUUAUAAUCUCUCUGUCUUUGUGCUCCUCCUCCAAAACCACCUCCUCAUACACACAGAGAACCAGGAAGUUCAUUUCAAAGGAAACGAAACUCAGAGUUCAGUGCAGUCUCACUCUCUGUCUCUCUCUCUCUCUCUCUCUCUCUCUCUCUCUCUCUCUCUCUCUCUCUCUCUCUCUCUCUCUGUGAGUUCAGGAAAAUGGCAGAGGCCAGUAUUUCAGUAGAUCAGGAUCAGUUCAGCUGUCCAGUGUGUCUGGAUCUACUGAAGGAUCCGGUGACGAUCCACUGUGGUCAUAGUUUCUGUAAGGUGUGUAUUAAUGACUGCUGGGAUCAGGAAGAGAAGAGCGGAGUGUAUCGCUGUCCUCAGUGCAGAGACACUUUCACUCCGAGGCCUGUUCUACGCAGAAACAACAUGCUGGCUGAAGUGGUGGAGAAACUGAAGAAGACUGAAGUCCAAGCUGCUUCUCCUGCUCACUGUUACGCUGGACCUGGAGAUGUGGAGUGUGAUUUCUGCACCGGGAGAAAACACAAAGCUGUCAAGUCCUGUCUGAUGUGUCUGGCCUCCUUUUGUGAAACUCAUCUGAAACCUCACUAUGAAGUUCCUUCCUGGAAAAAGCACAAGUUAGUCGAAGCUUCUGGAAAUCUACAAGAGAAGAUCUGCUCUGAGCAUGAUAAAGUGCUGGAGGUCUACUGUCGUACUGACCAAAGCUUCAUCUGUUAUCUGUGUAUGACGGAUGAACACAAAAGCCACGACACCGUCUCAGUUAAAGCGUACAGAACUGAAAAACAGAGUGAGUUAAAGGAGGAGCAGAUGAAAUCCCAGCAGAGAAUCCAGGAGAAGCAGAAGAAGGUGCAGGAGCUGAAACAGACUGUGAACACUAUAAAGCUCAGAGCACAGACAGCAGUGGAGGACAGUGAGAGGAUCUUUACUGAGAUGAUCAGCUCCAUGGAGAAAAGGCGCUCGGAGGUGACGGAGCUGAUCAGAGCUCAGGAGAAGGCUGAACUGAGUCGAGCUGAACGACUCCUGGAGCAACUGGAGCAGGAGAUCGCUGAUCUUCAGAGGAGAGUCACUGAGCUGGAGCAGCUUUCACACACACACGAUCACCUCCACUUCCUCCAGGAAAUAAAGGUUUUAGUCUCCGGCCGUCGCUCGCCUGAAAUUAUUAGACCAGGUUUUCAGUCUGAUCUCCGUCAGGACUCACGCAGCAUCACUGUCAAUCAACAUCUCUCAUUUGAUGGAGUGAGGGAAUCUCUCUCUGCUCUGAAAAAGAGAAUCGAGGAAUUCUGCCAGGAGGAAUUCAUCAGAAUCCCUGAACACGCUGCAGCAGUUCACAUCAUUUUACCCCCAGAACCAAAGAGCAGACAAGAUUUUCUGCAGUAUUUCUGUGAUCUGACUCUGGAUCCCAACACAGUAAAUUAUAACCUCAUUCUGUCUGAGAGGAACAGAGCGGUGACGUACAGUGAGAGAAAGCAGCAGUACUCUGAUCAUCCAGAGAGAUUUGACACCUACAGGCAGGUGUUGAGUAAGGAGAGUGUGUGUGGACGCUGUUACUGGGAGGUGGAGUGGAGCGGUGCUGUGUACAUAUCAGUCUCAUAUAAAGACAUCAGCAGGAAAGGACAGGGUAAUGAGUGUUGGUUUGGACGCAACGAUCAGUCCUGGAGUCUGUGUUGUUCUUCUUCUUCUUCUUUGUGUUUCUAUCACAACAACAUUAAGACUGAUCUCGGAGUUCCACCACCCUCCAGAAUAGGAGUGUAUGUCGAUCACAGUGCAGGAACUCUGUCCUUCUACAGCGUCUCUGACACGAUGAAUCUCCUCCACAGAGUCCACACCACAUUCACUCAGCCUCUAUACGCUGGGUUCUGGCUCGGCUCUUUGGGAUCAACUGUGAGAUUACGUGAUCCAGAAUAUAAUGAUGGUCUGAAUCUGAAGGAAGAAAUGGUUAAAAGAGGAGUGUUUAUAAUCUCUCCGUCUUUGUGCUCCUCCUCCAAAACCACCUCCUCAUACACACAGAGAACCAGGAAGUUCAUUUCAAAGGAAACUAAACUCAGAGUUCAGUGCACUGUCUCUCUCUCUCUCUCUCUCUCUCUCUCUCUCUCUUCUCGCUAUCUGUCAGUGUGUGAGUUCAGGAAAAUGGCCGAAGCCAGUAUUUCAGUAGAUCAGCUUUCAGUGGAUCAGUUCAGCUGUCCAGUGUGUCUGGAUCUACUGAAGGAUCCGGUGGCGGUCCACUGUGGUCACAGUUUCUGUAAGGUGUGUAUUAAUGACUGCUGGGAUCAGGAAGAUGAGAGCGGAGUGUAUCGCUGUCCUCAGUGCAGUGACACUUUCACUCCGAGGCCUGUUCUACGCAGAAACAACAUGCUGGCUGAAGUGGUGGAGAAACUGAAGAAGACUGAAGUCCAAGCUGCUUCUCCUGCUCACUGUUACGCUGGACCUGGAGAUGUGGAGUGUGAUUUCUGCACCAGGAGAAAAAACAAAGCCGUCAAGUCCUGUCUGAUGUGUCUGGCCUCCUUUUGUGAAACUCAUCUGAAACCUCACUAUGAAGUUCCUUCCUGGAAAAAGCACAAGUUAGUCGAAGCUUCUGGAAAUCUACAAGAGAAGAUCUGCUCUGAGCAUGAGGAAGUGUUGAACAUCUACUGUCGUACUGACCAAAGCUUCAUCUGUUAUCUGUGUAUGAUGGAAAAACACAAAAGCCACGACACCAUCUCAGUUAAAGCGUACAGAACUGAAAAACAGAGUGAGUUAAAGGAGGAGCAGAUGAAAUCCCAGCAGAGAAUCCAGGAGAAGCAGAAGAAGGUGCAGGAGCUGAAACAGACUGUGAACACUAUAAAGCUCAGUGCACAGACAGCAGUGGAGGACAGUGAGAGGAUCUUUACUGAGAUGAUCAGCUCCAUGGAGAAAAGGCGCUCGGAGGUGACGGAGCUGAUCAGAGCUCAGGAGAAGGCUGAACUGAGUCGAGCUGAACGACUCCUGGAGCAACUGGAGCAGGAAAUCGCUGAUCUUCAGAGGAGAGUCACUGAGCUGGAGCAGCUUUCACACACACACGAUCACCUCCACUUCCUCCAGGAAAUAAAGGUUUUAGUCUCCGGCCGUCGCUCGACCGAAAUUAUUAGACCAGGUUUUCAGUCUGAUCUCCGUGAGGACUCGCGCAGCAUCACUGUCAAUCAACAUCUCUCAUUUGAUGGAGUGAGGAAAUCUCUCUCUGCUUUGAAAAAGAGACUCGAGGAAUUCUGCCAGGAGGAAUUCAUCAGAAUCCCUGAACACGCUGCAGCAGUUCAGAUCAUUUUAGAACCAAAGAGCAGAGAAUAUCGUCUGCAGUAUUUCUGUGAUCUGACUCUGGAUCCCAACACAGUAAAUUAUUACCUCAUUCUGUCUGAGAAGAACAGAGCGGUGACACGCAGUGAGAGAAAGCAGCAGUACUCUGAUCAUCCAGAGAGAUUUGACUCCUACACUCAGGUGUUGAGUAAGGAGAGUGUGUGUGGACGCUGUUACUGGGAGGUGGAGUGGAGCGGUGUGAGAAGUGUGUCCAUAUCAGUCUCAUAUAAAGACAUCAGAAGGAAAGGACGGGGUAAGGAGCGUUGGUUUGGAUGCAACGAUCAGUCCUGGAGUCUGUGGUGUUCUUCUUCUUCUUCUCUCUCUUUCUGUCAUGACAACAUUGAGACUGGGCUCGGAGUUCCACCACCCUCCAGAAUAGGAGUGUAUGUGGAUCACAGUGCAGGAACUCUGUCCUUCUACAGUGUCUCUGACAUGAUGAAGCUCCUCCACAGAGUCCACACCACAUUCACUCAGCCUCUAUACGCUGGGUUCUGGCUCGACUCUUUGGGAUCAACUGUGAGAUUAUGCGAUCCAAAAUAAAAUAUCAGUAAUGUGAUUUUAUUGAAUUAAAAUGAGCAACUUUACUUUUUUAUAUCAAGCUUAAUUCCAAUGUAAUAUGAGGCAUUUAUUUGUGAUUUCCCAAUUUUCCUUUAUAACGUUAGAUCUUUCUUUUAGAAGAUUUUAAUGUUAUACAGUAGUGCUGGAAAGUUUGUGAACCCUUUAGAAUUUUCUAUGUAUCUGAAUAUGUCCUAAAACAUUAUCAGAUUUACACAAGUCCUAAAAGUAGAAACUAUUACGUUUAUCUGCACUUAUUGCUGCACAAGGGGGUCACACCACAUACUGACAGCAAAGGUGUAUAUCUGUGAGUCGCAAAAGUAUGUGCACCUUUGCUGUCAGUAUGUGGUGUGACCCCCUUGUGCAACAAUAAGUGCAGAUAAACGUUUGCGGUAACUGUUGAUCAGUCCUGCACAUCGUAUUGGAGGAAUUUUAUCCCAGUCCUCAGUACAGAACUGCUUCAACUCUGGGAUGUUGGUGGGUUUCCUCACAUGAACUGCUUACUUCAGGUUUUUCCACAACAUUUCUAUUGGAUUAAGGUCAGGACUUUGACUUGGCCAUACUAAAAUUUAUUAUUUUUUAACCGUUCUUUGGUAGAGUGACUUGUGUGUUUAGGAUCGUUGUAUUGCUGCAUGACCCACUUUCUCUUGAGAUUCAGAUCACGUACAGAUGUCCUGACAUGUUCCUUUAGAAUUCGCUUGAAUAAUUCAGAAUUCACUGUUCCUUCAAUGUUGGCAAACCGUCUUGGCCCAGAUGCAGCAAAACAUCCCCAUACCACGAUACUACCACCACCAUGUUUCACAGAUGGGAUAAGGUUCUUAUGUUGGAAUGUAGUGUUUUCCUUUCUCCAAACAUAAUGCUUGUCAUUUAACCCAAAUAUUAUAUUUUGGUCUCAUCCAUCUACAAAACAUUUUUUUCAGUUGCCUUCUGGCUUCUCCAUGUGAUCUUUAGCAAACUGCAGAGGGGCAGCAAUGUUCUUUCUCCUUGCAACCCCGCCAUGUACACCAUUGCUGUUCAGUGUUCUCCUGAGGGUAGGCUCAUGAACAUUAACAUUCGCCAACGUGAGGUCCCUCACUCACACCUGAUCAUCAUCCCAUUGAUUGAAAACACCUAAAUAUAAUAUCACCUUCAAAUUAACUGCUAAUCCUAGAGAUUCACAUACUUUUACCACUCACAGAUAUGUACUAUUGGAUCAUUAUAUAAUAUUUUUGUCUUAUUUGUUUGAUUGGGUUCUCUUUAUCUACUUUUAGGACAAAAUCUGAGGAUGUUUUCGGUCAUAUUCUGCUUCAAUACUGUGUUAAAAUCCAUGCUGGUCUACUCAUUAAUCUUACAUAUGAAUCAUCAUGACUGUACUUAUACUGUAUCUAUUCAUUUGGAUGGAUUCUUGGAUAACUAAAUAAAAAAUAUAUUUGAAUAUGUGUUAAA